CCAAGAGGACAGAGAGAGGUGAGCGUCUGCCGCAAGAUCUUCGGGGCUAAAUCCCGCGGGCCGGCUGACUGAGGGAGCGUUUCCUAUGCAGCCGAAGGAGCAGGAAGUGCCCGUGGCAGACAGAGCCAAGUCUGGUGAUUAUUAUUAUCACAUGACUCAGCGUUAGCCGCGCAAGCCGCUCCGGCAGGCAGGGUCGUGCUCAGCAAUCAGCAGCACCGAGGGAGGAGGAAGCGAGGCCAGUUCGCCGCAGCCGCAGCAGCGAGAAUGAGCGCUUCGUGGUGCCGGCGGCGGAGACAGCAGCAGCUUCCCGCUCUCCGGGUCGGCGGUUGCUCCUGCUGGUGAAUCGCUGGUCUCCCGCUCCAUGUAGUUCUUCCAUUGCGGAAGUGGGUCUGCUCCAGGGACGGCGGCGGCAGCGGCAGCUGCAGCGUGAUCAACCGUAGCCCUGCGCGCCUGCCUGCCCUCCCGCCGUGAGCUGGAUGGUGGUUCUCCUGGCCCCGUCGGUGCCGCCAGCGGCAGGAGUAAUAUGCUCACUCGGGUGAAGUCUGCCGUGGCCAAUUUCAUGGGAGGCAUCAUGGCUGGCAGCUCGGGCUCGGAUCACGGCGGCAGCGCCGAUUUGCCCCUCCGCUUCCCCUACGGCAGACCCGAGUUCCUGGGGUUGUCUCAGGACGAGAUCGAGUGCUCCGCGGACCACAUCGCCCGGCCCAUCCUUAUCCUCAACAAGGAGACCAAGCGCCUGCCUUGGACCACGGGAUAUGCCGAGGUGAUCAAUGCAGGGAAAAGUACACACAAUGAAGACCAGGCCAGCUGUGAAGUGCUUUCUGUCAAGAAGAAAACGGGAACAACUAAUUCCACACCGAACAAAAACUCCUCUACCAAACGGAGAUCGUCAUUGCCAAAUGGAGAAGGGUUACAGCUGAAAGAGAAUUCAGAAUCGGAUGGCAUCUCUUUCCACUACUGGUCAUUAUUUGAUGGGCAUGCUGGAUCUGGAGCAGCUGUUGUGGCAUCAAAGCUGCUUCAGCAUCAUAUUGUGGAGCAGCUACAGGAGAUUGUGGACAUCCUGAAAAACUCAGCUGUCCCACCCCCAACCUGCCUGGGGGAGGAGCCAGAAAGCAUGCAUGCCAACAGCAGAACUCUCACCAGGGCAGCCUCCUUACGUGGAAGUGUUGGAGCACCAGGUUCACCUGGCACACCGCCAACUCGCUUCUUUACAGAGAAGAAGAUAUCUCAUGAAUGUCUCAUUAUGGGAGCCAUUGAGUCUGCAUUCAGAGAAAUGGAUUUACAGAUAGAGCGAGAGAGGACUGUGUACAGUAUAUCCGGAGGCUGCACAGCCCUUGUGGUGGUGUGUUUACUAGGAAAGCUGUAUGUAGCAAAUGCUGGUGAUAGCAGGGCCAUAAUAAUCAGGAAUGGAGAAGUCAUUCCAAUGUCUUCAGAAUUCACUCCAGAAACAGAGCGUCAACGGCUUCAGUAUCUGGCAUAUAUGCAGCCCCAGUUGCUGGGAAAUGAAUUUACACACUUGGAGUUUCCAAGGAGGGUUCAGCGUAAGGAGGUUGGAAAAAGAAUGCUUUACAGAGACUUCAACAUGACUGGCUGGGCAUACAAAGCUAUUGAAGAGGAUGACUUGAAAUUUCCCCUUAUAUAUGGAGAAGGCAAGAAGGCUCGGGUUAUGGCAACUAUUGGGGUUACGAGAGGACUAGGAGACCACGACCUGAAAGUACAUGACUCCAACAUCUACAUCAAGCCUUUCUUGUCCUCAUCACCAGAGGUGAGGGUGUAUGAUCUUCUCCAGUAUGAGCAUGGGCCAGAUGAUGUAUUAAUUUUAGCUACAGAUGGACUCUGGGAUGUACUAUUAAAUGAAGAAGUGGCAGAAGCCAUCACUAACUUCCUUCCAAACUGUGAUCCUGAUGACCCCCACAGGUACACGUUAGCAGCUCAGGAUUUGGUAAUGCGAGCCAGAGGAGUGCUGAAGGACAGAGGCUGGAGGAUAUCCAAUGACAGACUGGGCUCAGGAGAUGACAUUUCUGUCUACGUAAUUCCUUUAAUACAUGGAAAUAAACUGUUGUAAAAUGAGCACCAAUGCUGGUCAUAGGGAAAGUGUGCUUUUUAAUGAGGACCUUUCAAAAAGGUAGACUGCCAAGAAAUGAGAGCAGUGUUUCAGUAUUGUAUUCUAAACUUGGUUGGACUGGAAUAUUUCUACCUGAAAUGUAGGGGUUCAAUUGUACAUUAAUAAAGGUAUCUCUUAGAAGUUGCAGUUUCCCUAUACUGUUGUUCUUUGGUGCAUAUCAGGACCAGAACUUUAAUGCUGCUAGUGUAUUAGUGAUUCCUUUUUAAUGUCCCUCCUGGUGAGGACCCUGUUGUGAUCUGAUAAGAUAAAUUUAUCUUUCCCAGUUUAAUGUAGCCUGAAAAUGCCACUUGAUAUGUGAAUUGAGAAAAACAUGGUUAAAACUGGUAAGGCAGCCAGUAUCCCUCAGAUGAUUAACUUUACUCUAGAACAGAUUUAAUUUAUAUGGUAAAAAACCUGAUCUGACACUUAAUUGUUCAAAAGUUACUCAUGUGUUGAUGGAGAGCUGCUAAAUUUUAAGUUAUGUACAUUUUUUCAAGCUUUUUCCCCUCUUGUGCCCCAUCAUAAAUAUAUCAGAACUUCACAGUCCAUUUUGGUUGCUUAGGUGGUGGUCAAUCCCCCCCCCCCCAGGACUUGAUCAGAUCGAUAACAACUGUUAGCAAAGUUGCCUAAUAAUGAAAAAUUGGUUGGUUGGGAAAAUAUAUUCUUGUGUUCAUUUUUGUCAAGGUUUUUGUGCAACGAUGAUGUAGCAGACUGGAGAAUUCUUACUUUAGAAAGAUUUCCCCAAGAAAUUGAAGUUUCUUUGACACCAGACACUUUCAUUCAUUGAAUGCUUCUGUCUCCUCUCUCUCUAUCCUGUUGAAAGGAUCAUCAUAUAAAUAGUUUAAUUUGUUGUACUCUGUACAUCUUGGUCUUUUGAAUCCCUUUAACUAUCUAAUCUAAUACUAAUAUAUUUUGGAGCUCUCCUACCUAACAAAAUAGGUUCAUCUUUUCCUACUAUAGUCCUUACAGCAUUAAUUUCUUUUACCGCUUCUAUGAUAACUGCUAAGAUAUUGUAUUGGCCAGUAGCAGUACUUGGCAUGAUGCAGAGAAGGCUAUUGCAGAAAGGCAGGACUCCGCUUGUUUGCUGUUCUGCUAGCUAUGCUCUUUCUAUAUUAACAUAGUAUCAGAAUAGAUGGCAGCAAACAUUUCAGUAAGAAUCUUAUUCAAGCAAGGGAUUUACAUUUAACUGUACAAUCUAUACAGUUCACUUAUUCUAGGCUGGGAUUUGUAUAGGCCUUUGGGAAGAAUAAAACAUUUGAACCUGUACAAGUGGCUAAGAGUGUGGUGCCUCAGGUAUUGCCUCCCUAGUCAGAGACUCGAGAAACAUUUUUUUUGCUUACAAAUUAAACAUUGAACAUUUUUCUGAUCACAUUAGCUGUCUAAUAUUUUGAAGAAUAUAUCAGCUCAAUUUACCUAAGAUAGCCAAAACGCAUGGUUCAGAUGUAUGUGUAGAUAAAUUGAGCUGAUAAUGUUCUUAGAAAUAUUAGGCAGCUGAUGUGUGGUCAGAAAAAAGAGAAUGGUACAUCCUAUAUGUUCCCAUGAGGCCUUCGAUGAUUCUCCCCACACCCAAUUGAAUUGAUCUGGAAAUAAUUAUUUAAAUAAUAUACUGCAUCCCUCUCCUGAAGCUGGUAUUUAGGCCACUAUCCAAUACUUCAUAUGCUACCUUUGUAUCUAAUACAAAGGCCUCCUUCAACAUGCAACUGCUGCAGUAAGUUCAAUCUGAAAUUGAACAGUCCAAAGAUGAUGAUUUGCAUCUGACAUGAAGUAAAUUUGAUUGCCGUCAGAUAAAUGUCAUUUAUCUGACAUUUAUGACACAAAGAUGUCAUGAAAUCUGCAAUUUUUCAUUAAAAUGUUAUCUUUCUGACUAUUUCUGUAAUCAACAAUAUUUCUCAAAUGUAUAUUCAGUGUAUUAUUUACCUUCCUUCCUCCCAUCUGCUGAAAUCAGCUGCCAUGUAUUUCUUUUGCUUAAGGAAAUAGAUGUGGUGUAUUAUAUAAUUCCACAUACACAUGUGAUCUAUCUAUUUUUUAAUUUCAAGAUUUCUUGGGGCAUCAUUGGCUUUUAAAAUCUCAUUUCAUGUAUUCUUAUGAAGGGAAUAUUUCCUUCAUAGAAUAUUACCAUUAUUGCACCAUUGUCUAAUCUAAUGUGUAUCCCAGAAAAUAUUUAAAAAUCUCAUUGACUGACAUGCCCUGCAGGCUUCCCUGGGCAGAGCAAGAGCUCCAUCAUUGCAAGAAUCCAACUGGUUUCCUUUGCAGCUUCAGUGCGCAGGGAGGGGAAAGUGAUUCUUGAUUUUCUCCCCUCCCUUUAAAUGCCUUUCUUGUGUCCAGGAAUAUGUCUAUAAAGGCUGCAUGAUCCUCCAGAUAUAUUCAUGCACACACAUAAAAGGCUUUUGUAGGUAUGUGGGGGUAGGUGGGUGAGAAAUGAAAUUCACUUCCCCCUCCCUGCAUGUUGUAGCUGUGAAGCAAGCCUUGUUAGUUAGUUGGAUUCUUGAGAGGACAGCGCUUUUGCUCUGCCCUAGCAAGACUUUGGGGGCCUGUAAACCACUAUCUUUAUUUUCAUUCUGUGUCGUGACAGAAGACAUACGAUAUCUGAUAUACAAUGUCAGGGAAGACACACAAUAUCUGAGAAAGCUUUGAUUACAGCUCUGAAAAAGAGACGUCAUAGUAGAUGGGCAUAGUAGAUGGACAUCAGAAUUGUACAGAAUGGCCAGUGGUAGGAACUAGAUUUAUUUAAUACUCAUAUUUUUAUUUUUUUUCAUAUUUGUUGAUUUGUUACUUUUUAUUAUAAGUCUAAAAAUGGCCUGUAUCUGAAACAUUCAAAUGUAAAUUAUCCAUUCGGUAUUGUAUAAAUCAUUCAGAUUUAGUAGUACAAUCGCAAAUGCUUCUUGAUUGUCAGCAUAAACAGUAGAAAAUCUCUCCAUUUUCGACAAAAGUAGUUCUAGAAAUGAUAGAUGUUUUAAGGGGUGGCAGAUAAAUAUUUAAAUCAAAGCAGCUUUAAUGAUUGAACUUGUUUUGUAAAGCAAUGCAAAUGCAGUUGCUUAUUUUGUAUGUGACUCAAUUAUUAACCCAAAUCCCUUCUGGGGGCUUUCCCCAGUGUGGUGUUGUAUUGGCUUUUGGGCACUUCCUAAAGUGCUCUUGAGCCAUUUUUGGAAGGGCGGUAUAUAAAUCAAAUAAAAAGGCCACAGAACUCAGGAUUCUCUUAAGAAAAUGUAGAAUGGUUUGUGUUCAGUCAAAAUUAAAUGACACUCUACUCCACUGAAUGAACUCAAAAAUUGUUCACUGCUUAUAAAGCUUUUACACAACUCCAUCUCUAAAAGCUGCACUCAGCUUUGUUUUUCACCUACAUAGAGCUCCUUGUAUGAAACAUUUCAGAUUAGAGAAUUUUGCUUUAGAAAGAGUGCACUUUCUAAAUGAUAGUAUCUUAUAAGAGUCUAUAGCUGGAUCCAGAUAUUAUUAUUAUUAUUUUUAUUAUUAUUAUUUUACAUUUUAUAUCCCAUUUCUCCUCCAAGGAGCCCAAAGUGGUGUACUUACAUACGUAAGUUUCUCCUCACAAAAACACUGUGAAUAGUUUUGAAUAGCUUUGAAUAGUUUUCCUCAUCAGUUAUUUUUGUUAAUUAUAAUAUGGAAUUUAAUAUUGUCUAGAAAUAAGCUGUAUUCACACUGCUGCUUCAAUAAUUGUAGACCUGCCCAAAUAUUGAACAGCAUGUUAACAGGUUACAGUGCUCACCUUCAUGAUAAAAGGCUACUGGAUGUAACUGACAGAAACACAAUGCAAAGUGGUGGCUGAUUGGACAAAUUGGCAUUGAGGCACUAUACAUUUGAAGAGGGUUGGUGAACAAACAUUGGAACAAAUCACAAAAAGAGAACUGUGUUGAGCUCAGUUGUUGCCUGUCUGACACAGGCAGAUUUAGAAGAGCUUUUAUUUGGGAGCUUGAGAUAAAUGGUGGAGAAAAUGCACUUGUGGAGGAAUUAAGAGAAAUGCAUGAUCAAUUGUAAAAUCUGUCAAUGAGAAGAUUGAUCAAAUCAGCAAAUUAGAAUUACAGAAAUUGCACCUGGGGUGCUUUAUUAGAUCACUUAGCUUAUCUGCUGCUUUUUUAAAUCAUUCCAAACAAAGCAUCUUCAUUUCACACAAAUAUAACAGUAUAGCUCAAGAGGGAUUGUCCCCUUAUAGUUAGAUUUAACAAUUUUACACCACAUUUUUGUUGCCAAGUAAAUCUCUAGUCUCUCUGUGAUUCUUUCAAUUUCUUCCUUACCACAACUAACCAUUGUAGUAUCAUUUUUAUCAAAUAAUCUAAGAAAGCAUUUUCAAUACUCUCUCAAGGCCCAUGAGAGGAGAUGCAUCUUAAAAUUCAGGGCCGGCAGAGCAAACUACUUAGAACAAGUGGUGUUAGUUUCUAACUAAGGAACUUUAAAUUGUUUUGGAAGAAGGCUCUUGAAAGUACUGUGGGGAACAGUGACUGACAUGCAGAGGAAUAUUGCUCAUGGCCGAAUUUGUCCUUUUAAUUUCAAUGGGUUUACUUUGAGUAAUUUUCCUCAAGUCAGCCACUAUCUUCAUGUCAUCUUGAAGUUAAAAAAAAAAUCAUUUGAGUUUCAAUGAUGUUAUACUACAACCUGCUGCAUUCAUCUCAAUUCUGAUGUCCUUUGCAUAGGUACUCUUGUGGUUUGCAUCUCAUGUUCUAUGUGAAAACUGCACGCUCUUUCUCUUGUAAUUUUGUGUUUCUGUUGUGUUAUGAGUCGUCGAUAUGACGUAGACAGUGGCCAAAUACCUCUUCAACCAUUCUGCCAAAUUCUACCUAUAUUAUACUUGAAGGAGGCUUUUCCCUGUCAACCUCCACUUAAUUUUGUUCUUUCAUUGUAUUUUAUUUUAAUUGAGCAGCUACCAUUUUCUUCAUUCCCUUUAUGGCAAAGUGACUGUACUUAAGGAGUGUAUUGUUUUUUAUACUCAACAUUCCAAACAAUGAAAAGAGUUUCUUGGCUAUAAAUUAGUUGGGUCAAUGUACUUAAGCGUUGUGACUGUGAAAUGUCAAACUUUUUGUAACUGGAGAAAAAAAAUGUUUAGUAAAGGGAUAUAUUUUAUGUGUUUUGAAACUUUUAAGUGCAAUGAAGUAAAGGAAGAAGCUGGAAAAAUGUAUGCACAACCAAGUUUUAAAAUGAAAUUGUAAAAAAUAAACACAAAAACUUA